UGCCCAUCGGGCUUCAUUUUGGCACUUCAAAGCAAAAUGCAAAUAGACUCCGAGACGUUAGCUGACAUUAAUUUGGAAGCAAUAGAAAUAAUUGUAAAUCAUAUACUUUACUUACGCGGUAUAUACCCGACUCAGAUCUUCAAGAAGCGACGCAUGUAUAAUACUCCAGUAUUUGUGUCGAUUUUCCCGCCACUAAAUAGCUACAUUGCUGGCAUCUUGAAAUCAGCACGAGAAUUACUGUUAAAAGAGGUUUUGCAAUGUUUUGAAAUCAUUGUAUACCGCACUGAGGAGAAUGUAGAAACCAUUGUGGAGAGCUACAAACUGGACAUCAAGCAGGGGAGCUUCGACAAGACCAAAGAUCCCCAUUUGAUGGAGUAUGAGCAGCAGUUGAGGGCAGCCCUCUAUAAAAUGGCCGAGCGACUGAAACCGCUGCCAAAGCUGGACAAGAAGUGUCUGUUUAAAAUACAACUCCAUACCACUCAAACCGCAUUUGUCCAGCUCAGUCAUGUCGCCCAACAUCAGGAAUUUCCGUGGAUACAGACAGAAAAUUCUGUGGGAAGAUCCGAUGUGAAAUAUUCCCUCCUUCCACUGGCCAAUGUCGACCAGGUGGUGGGGUUAAAGAUGCAGGCAUAUAUCUUAAGUUGAUAGUUUUAAUUUGUAAAAAGGUUUACAAUAAAAUGCGUAUUUAAAACUAGAA